AUGAUCAAGGGGCUAUUCUACAGCGAGUUCGACAACGUGGCGGGGCCCGUGAUCCUCUUCCAGGCGCCCGAGAAUGUGCUGAGCAACGAGGUGUUCGACAGCGUGUCCGGCUACAUCAUCAUCGACAAGGCGCUCUGUGGGAAGAUCAUCACGGUUCGCGCCCAGCAGAUGAAGAUCGUGGGGUAUCCGAUGUGCAUCGAGGACGACAAGUACCACCGCAACGCGCUGCUGUUCAAUAUCGGCUUUGUGUUUGACGAGCAUGUGGAGACCGCACCGUACCGACCGAUUCUACGAAAGUUGGGUGCUCUGGUAGAGGGGAUGGAGAAGGAGAGCGGCUUCCUUUACAAUUCGGACAAAAAGGAGCUGCUGGGCUCGAUCUUGCCGCAGAUUUUGCGCGACCUGACGCUGCAUGGCGAGUGCACUAUCCCGGUGGACACGGCCAACAUCAUCAAUUUGAAGUUGUUCCCAACGCUGCAAGAUCCGGCGCCUGUGUUCGAGUACCAGGUGCCAGUUGCGAUUCGCGACCUGCGCGCUCUGCUCGAGAACAGCGCUGAAUGGGAUUUAGCGCUGCAGCAGAUCGUGCCGUUCAUCGACGGCGUCCGGUACGUGAAGCGGAUCAGUCUGGAGGCAGAGGUCGAAAUAGCUAUUGUGAAGAAAUGCGUUCGACAGCUUCUCUACUACGGCUGCGUCACGCUGAUCGACAUUUUCCUGCACUCGAACAUUUACGCCAACACGCCGAAGAUCGCAGUACUCGCGAACGACCCCAAGCUCCAAGCAGAGUGUGCCGUGUACAUCGCCAAAUCUGGCCAUGCGCCCCCGUCGUUUGCUCGUAUCUUCGCCCUGUAUUGCUCCGUCCAGCCCAGUUUGCGCAUGAGCGAUUUCUGCGUCGUGUAUUCCGAGUCCCUCUCGCUUAUCGACGUGCGGCGAUUCAUCACCUUUGGUCUCAUCCAUGGUUUCCUGAGGCGCGUGCAUCGGUACCCCAUCUGCAUCGAACGCAACCUGCCCGGGUCCAGUCCGCAGCAGCAGCAGCCGAACCAAGCACCACAGCAGCCGCAGCAGCAACAAGGAGGCCAGCAGAAGGGUCGUCCGUAUGCGUUGUCGACAAACUCCCCGUCGUUGUCUGGAAUGAAUCCCAUCAGCGCAGCGCCAUCAUCGACUCAACCUGGUGGAGGAAGUGGAGCGCCAGGCGGGGGAACCGGAAAUGGCGCAGGCUCCAACGGCGCUGGAGGCAACGUGUCCUCGAUAUCGUCCACUAAGCGUGCAAUGGCGAGCAAGGCGAAUCAGCUAGAAAAGGACGUGCUCCGGAUGAUGGACGGUGGCCACCACACGGACGAAAUCUGCAGCAAGUUCUUGCUGCGCUUCACCGACGUCGAGUCGACCAUUCAAAUGACUCCGAACUGCUUUGCGGUGCACAAGUGA